GAUUUCCUGUGGUUGAUUGUGAUUUUGACAAGGAACAAAAACAUCAUGAAUUUCUUUUAAAAGUCUGGAACUCGAAUUUUUUGGCUCCUGUCGAAUCUAUUUUACUAAAUGGUGAUGCUAGGGUUCUCGAUGUUGGCAGUGGAUUUGGUUCGUGGAUUUAUGAUAUGGCAAAAAGCUAUCCUCUUUCUCAUUUUAAUGGAAUUGAUAUGCUAGUUCCAAAAAAUUUUCUGGCAAAUGUCAGCUUUACACAAGCUGAUGUAUUGGAAGGGUUGCAAUAUCCAAAUUGUUAUUUUGACUAUAUUCACAUGAGAGAUGUGUUAUGGUAUAUUUCAACAAAAGAUGUUCGUAAUAAAUUAUUUCCAGAUUUGUUACGAGUUUUAAAACCUGGUGGUUGGAUUGAAAGUGUAGAAUAUGAUACCGAAAUUAUGAAUAAAGUGUCUAGCUAUUUUCGAAAUCAUGGAAUUUAUCCUGAUGAAUUUUAUAAAAAUACGUCAAAAUUAUUUAAAGAAAAUAAGCUUGAAUAUCAAGUUGAAGAAAGAAUCUUAUGCUUUAGUGAUUGUGAACUGAUUGUAAAAUUCGUGAUUCUUGAAUAUACUAGUAUUAGUCAUGAAAAAUAUGAUGAAAUUCUUGAUAAAGUUUCGAGUGAACUUAUUGAAUAUAAAACUUCAUUUCGGUCGAUAAGACAUUAUGGAAAAAAACUUCCUGGUUAA